AUGUCGCAUAAUCGAGCUAGAUAUCAUGAAUCAAAUUUACAUGGAUUAAUUCAUCAACCACCUACUUAUGAUGUACCAUUUAUAUUUCAAAAUCAAGGAGGUAUGCCUGAAUUUGAAGAUGUAGCUGAUGGAUUAAUUUCAGGAGUAUCGGAAAGUCCUGGUACUGGUACUGGUACUAGUACUAGUACUAGUACUGGUACUGAAACUCCAGCUUAUUCCUUAAUGACUCCUUCUGAAUCUUUAAGUACAAGUAAUGGAUCUUCAACUACUUUAACUGGUAAUCAAAGAGUUUUAAGUCCUGAAAAUUUGGCAGGUUCAGUAUCUCCACCUCAACCGAAAGAAUCAUCUUCACUUUCACUUUCACCUUCACCUUCUAUAAAUCCAAAAUUCUUAAUUCCACCUAAUGUUAUUGAUAGAAUCAACAAUCAAGUGAAAGUAUCAUCUCCAUUAGCAGGAACAACGACUUCUACUACUACAACAAUAUCUCCAGAAGUAGCAACUUCCACUGUUAUCACUAGAAGGAAGGCUCAUGGUUUAAGAGAAAAUAUAUUCAAUAAUCAUUACAAGAAAGAUCCCGUUUAUUCUCCAUUCCCAACUGCUAUUCAUCACGAUAAUGAUAAAGAGCAAUUGGUUAAGGCUACCACUCAGAAACAGAAUGAAAAUAGACCCACCUUCUAUAGAUCGAAUUCGAUCACAGUGGGGUUAUUACAACAUCAAAGAACUGAUACGGGAGAAGCAGAAUAG